AUGGCUAAUUCUGCCCCUCUCGCACAACCUGCGGAGAACCGGUCACGGAGUGGGAUCCGGCCAAAAAGAAGGCAGGUCGGCAGAGCGUGCGAUGCCUGUCGUUUGCGUCGCAUCAAAUGCGACGAUGCGUCUCCUUGUGCCAACUGCAGGGGUCGGGGCCAGCAGUGCAGCAAUACGGAAGCAACCCGAACUUCGACUCUCUCUCAGGCCAAUGAAGAGAUAGACCGACUAAGGCUGAAAGUUUUGGACCUCGAACGAGAGCUUCAGCGACACCGAGGGGCGCAUACCAAUCCUGGAACUUCAUUUUCUGUACAUUCGCAACAAGUAGUCGCCAACGUGGAAGCAACGGCAGCCAGUAACAUCGAAGGCCACUUUGUCACGCCAAGAAAUAAGCCUUGGGAUGGUGCUCUGCUCCGACCCGCACGAUCACCUCAUGUCGCAUGGUUUGGACCUUCGUCUCUUUACUUUUUCAUCCAUCGCCUUGGCGUGUUCCUCAGUACCGAUGUAGAACAUGCUCAGCCAGACCACAUGCUUCUCCGAUCAACGAGCGGUAGCGCCAUGCCCGCCCAGGAAAGGACUACGUCAGAAGACGCAUCUCAGUUGCUGAGGCCACUUUUUAACGGCAAUAAACCCGGGGUCUACCUGAAUCCAAUUCAAGAAGAGUACUUCGUCAAUCUAUUUUGGCAAUCAUACCACACCUCUUUGUACGCCAUUAUUGACGAGGCCGAGUUCAAAAAAGAGUAUCAAGCCCUCUAUUUGGAUGUGCCCUCUGGCUAUACUCGCAAGCCUUCAGCGCUGGUCGACAUUGUUGUUGCCAUGUGCAUGCAGUACAUGGCCUCAAGUCUGCCGUCUAGCCAUCAAGGAAACAUCGUCGAAGGAAACGAUGCUACAACUGCCGGCCGGUGGCACUACCGAAGAGCACAGACUUUGCUAGCAGGGGAAAUGGAAAGCCCUUCUAUCUCCACGCUACAGUGCCAUCUCCUUUCAGCUGUCUAUGUCUGUGGUGCGUCGUUCCAUAAUAUGGCAGAUAGCAUUUGUGGUCAAGCUGUACGCAUAGCCUAUAUGCUGGGUCUGCAUAUUGAUCCUCCUCUUGAUACACCUGAGAAAGAACGUCAAGUAAGACGUCGACUUUGGUGGGCUGUCUAUGUCUUGGACAGCAAAGUCGGGAUGAAGCUGGGACGCCCCUUCUUACUACAUGGUUCAUUUUCUAUGCCGCCUUUCCCAGAUGAUCAGCUUGGCGCUUCCAUGUUAUCAGGAUCUACAUUCGCUCCAAUUUCAGGGGAUGCUACCUGGCUGAGCUUUAGUCUUCAUCACCUCAAAUUAUUCAAAACAAUGAGAGAUGCUCAUACUACAUUAUACAGUCACGACGUUGGGCUUGGACAACACAAGACUAUAUGGGAUGAUACCACAUCCUUGGCCAAGGUAGCCGAAAGUCUAGAAGCUCACACCAUCAUGAUAGAGAGAUGGGUGCAAAACUUGCCUGGUGCGCUCAAAAACAGCCGAGUAAACAAUGGCCGCAUUCUUUCAACCGACGGCUCGGCUCUCGUUAUUGAACAGUAUGCCCCACUCUGGCUCCAAAGACAACGCCUUCUCCUGGAAAUGGAAUAUCACCACAUGUCUGUCAACCUUUACCGACCCUUCAUUUCAUUCAAAAGAGUUCCGGCGCCCGGAAGUCGUCUUGAGACGCUCGCAGUAGAAAGUAUCAACCAUGCGAUAGAGCUAUCGAGGAUUACCCAACAAGCGCUUUCGUCCACGGCUAUACUCGAUGGAUGGCAUGAAGCGUUCCAGUGGCAAUGGAAUUCUGCCAUCACAUUAGCAGGAUUUAUCUUGGCCAAUCCGCGUCAUUCUGCAGUCGUAGCCGCAAGAAGUGCCAUGGAUUUAGCCUUGUCAGUUUUUGGUACAUUUGGCCAGAGUUUCGAGCUGGCAAAGAAUGCUGAAACUGUUGUCCGAAUGCUGUGUACGAAGAUCGAUGGCUUAAUGUCGACUUCUUCCCAGGACCAUGGUCAGAAGGAGCCAGCUGCAUUAUCUAUGCUGGGUAUCGGCCAGGAAGUGGAGGUAGCCAAUGGCUUUGCUUCUGAAUUGGUCUAUACAUCAACCUCCCCUGAGCUUUUGACUCAAUUUCCGGACUUCGAUUUCACGGAAAUGGCGGUUGGCGUAGAUUUCUGGGCCAAUAUCGACAUGCUGGGUGUCGGCGAUAUCAGUACAUUUGGCGAGUCCUCUGUCUUUUGA